AUGUCCAAAUCUCAGAAUAAGAGUUGCAAGAAGAUAGGGGGAUUGAAGGAAGAAGGAGAGGGGAGUAAAGCUGAGGAUUUAUGUGGCAAUCCCCAUGUUCAUAUUUACAAAGAGGAGAGUGAGAAUUGCAAGAAGUUAGCAGAAGAAAAGGAGGAAGGGGGAGAAGUAGAAACAGGAGUCACUUAUUGCAUCAUUCAUACUCAAAUCUGGAUAGAGGAGAGUACAGUUAAACUAUCUAUAUUCUAUACUUUAAUGAAACCUAAGAUGGUGGUAUUAGUACUUAGUACUCAGUCCAUUUGGGCAGACUUAAGUAUAGAAUAUAGUAUAGUACCAAAGGCAUUCAAAGAGAGAGUGGCAGAAUCAGGGAAGUGUUGUCUUUCACAAAGGAUAACACUUAGUCACACACAAAGAAGAAGGAAGAAUACACAGAAACACAGAUUGCAGACAUUGGAGUUCCAAAUCAUAGGAAGUCAGAUGGAUGAUGCAUCUGUAAAAAAGGGAAUCAGUUCAUAUGGGAAAUUUCAAGGAAAUACAUACAUGGUGUCAUGCAAUGUCCAAAUCCUUUGGGAGGAGGACAUGAAGAUCAGAGAAUAUUUGUUCCAGAUUAAAGCUCCAUUAAUUUGUUGUUAUACAGGAUCUGAUCAUUCACCAUUGCUACUUAAAUGUGAUAUUGAAUCCCCUCCCAUUAAGAAAUCUUUCAGAUUUCUUAAUUUUUGGACAAAGCAUGAAUCCUUCCUAGAUGUGGUGAAAGAGAAUUGGAAUGCAGAUUUUAGUGCUAAUCCUUUUGUACUUUUCAAUUUUAAAUUGAAAAAACUCAAAAAAGCACUAUCAGUUUGGAGUAGAGCUACCUAUGGUGAUGUCUUCCAGAAGAUUGCAAGUUUAGAGGAGCUAGUUUUGGUUCAUGAAAGACAAUUUGAGAUCAAUCCUACUCAGAUGAACAGACAAAGACUGCAUAAGGUUCAAGCUGAAAUGAUCAAGUAUCUUGCAUUGGAGGAGGAGUUUUGGAGGCAGAAAGCAGGCAUGAUGUGGUUUAAGGAUGGUGACAGAAAUUCUAAAUUUUUCCAUGCUCAAGUUAAAGGAAGAAGGAAGAGAUUGAAGCUUACAAGGAUCCAAAAUAGUAGAGGUAACUGGAUAGAAGAGGAGGAGCUAAUUGCAGAGGAGGCAAUAAACUUUUAUAAGGAGCAGUUUUCAGAAAGUUUAAUGCCUACUGAUUUUAGUAUUCUUAAUUAUGUUCCUACUAUGGUUACUUCAGAACAGAAUGAGGGGCUGAUGGCACUACCUACUGCACAGGAAGUAAAGAAAGCUGUUAUGGGACUGAAUGGGGAAUCUGCAGGUGGCCCUGAUGGUUUCACAGGGGCCUUUUAUCAUAAAUGCUGGGAUAUAAUAGAAGAUGAUGUGGUUAAUAUGGUGAAAUCUUUCUUCUGUGGACAACAACUCCCAAGGAGUGUGACUCACACUAAUUUGGUACUGUUACCAAAAAAGAAAGAGGUGCAGACCUUUGCAGAUAUGAGACCUAUUAGUCUCAGCAAUUUUGUGAACAAGAUUUUUUCCAGAGUAAUACAUGAGAGACUGGUGGAAAUGUUACCUAAUUUAAUUUCAGAGGAGCAGGCAGGUUUUGUGAAAGGAAGAAGUAUAGUUGAGAAUGUUCUUCUAACUCAAGAAAUCAUCACUGAUAUAAGGCUUAGGACUAAGGCAGGUCCAAAUGUUGUUAUUAAGCUUGAUAUGGCAAAGGCAUAUGAUAGGCUAUCAUGGCUUUUCCUAACAAAAAUGCUGAGGCAACUGGGAUUUUCUGAAGCAUUCAUUGGUAUGAUCUUUGAUCUUGUUGGUAAUAAUUGGUAUUCUAUACUGAUUAAUGGUCAACCAAAAGGUUUUUUCAAGUCAUCUAGGGGAGUUAAACAAGGGGAUCCUUUAUCACCUACUUUAUUCAUCCUAGCUGCAGAAGCUUUAUCAAGAGGUCUGAAUUCAUUACACUCUAACUUAUACUUUUGUGGAUUUGGAUUACCAAAGUGGAGCCCUAAAAUAAAUCAUUUAUCCUAUGCUGAUGAUACUAUAAUUUUCUCUUCAUCUGAUGAUACUUCCUUGAGGCUUGUUAUGGAAAUUUUGCAUGCAUAUGAGGCAGCUUCUGGACAGUUGGUUAAUAAAGCAAAGUCUGCCAUAUACAUGCAUCAUUUAACAGAUUCUACAGUGGUUAGUAAGGUAGGAAAGCAAGAGUUUCCUCUCACUUAUUUAGGAUGUCCAAUCUUUUAUGCAAGAAGGAGAAUGGAUUACUAUGAAGGCUUGAUCACUAAGGUAAUGGAUAAACUACAAUCAUGGAAAGGCAAACUUCUUUCAGUAGGUGGCAGGGCUGUACUAAUUUCAAAUGUGCUUCAGAGUAUGCCUGUUCACCUCUUGUCAGAAGUGAAUCCCCCAAACUAUGUCAUCAAUAGGCUGCAUAAAAUUUUUGCAAGAUUCUUUUGGAGCAGUAAUGUGGGGGGAAGCUCUAGACAUUGGGCUUCAUGGUCUAACCUUUAUAUGCCUUAUGAAGAAGGAGGUAUAGGCUUCAGAUCUCUACAUGAUGUUUCAAAGGCUUUGUUUUGUAAAUUGUGGGGGAAUUUUAGGACAAAACCUAGUUUGUGGAGUUCAUUUAUGAGUCAGAAAUAUUGUAAGAAAUUCAAUGCAGUAAUUGUACCAUGGAGGGAAGGUUCACAUGUGUGGAGGAAGAUGUUGGAAUGCAGGGAUUUGAUUGAGCAUCAAAUUUUCUGGAAGCUAAGGAUGGGGUCAGCUUUAUUUUGGUAUGAUAAUUGGACUGAAUUGGGAGCAUUAUAUUUUCAACUUCCCCCAAAUUUUGCUAUAGAUGAAGAUAUUCAGAAUGUUAAUGAGUUGACACAAGAUAGAAGAUGGAAUGUGGAGAGAAUUCAUGAGGUUUUACCAGCAGAUCUGGCACAGCAUAUAGUUCAAAACAUUAAGCCCCCCAGGGAAAACAAUGAAUUGGACAAACCUUUCUGGAUGCUUGAAACAAAAGGCAACUUCUCAGUUAAGUCUGCCUGGGACUAUUUGAGAAGAAGAAAUAACCCAAGCAUUGCUUAUAAGAAGAUUUGGGUAAAAGGUUUGCCUUUUAAGAUUUCCUUUUUUAUAUGGAAGGUGUGGAAAGCAAAACUUCCUUUAGAUGAUUUUAUGAGAAGGAUAGGAUAUUUCAUGCCAUCUAAAUGUUGGUGUUGUGCUGAUCCUAAGGAGGAAUCACUGGUUCAUUUAUUCUACACAUCCAAUGCAGCUAAAAUAGUAUGGAGUUAUUUUCUAAGGAGAGCAGGAAUUGUAGUGGAAGGCAUAUCUUUACAACAGGCCAUUACAAAAUGCUGGAUGGCUCUAGUCAUAGACAGAGUGAAGCCAAUAAUGCAAGCAUUGCCAGCUUGUAUUGUCUGGGAGCUAUGGAAGAGAAGAAAUUCACUGAAGUAUGGGACUGCUGUGUCAGUAAAUAGGGUAAUAUACCAAAUCUCAUCUACAUUGCAGAAUUUGGUACAACUAAGGAAGCCAGGUUUGCAGGUCCCUCACCACUGGUCAAAUUUACUACAGAUGCUUGAACAGUACACUCCAAAGCUUAAGUAUGAGAAGGUACUAUGGGAAUUGCCAGAUGAUGGAUGGAUAAAGGUUAACACAGAUGGAGCAUGCAGAGGAAACCCUGGGAGAAGCUCUAUAGGUUUCUGCCUAAGAGAUGAAGUAGGGGAUCUAGUAUAUGCACAAGGGAAGGAGAUCAAAGAGGGAACAAAUACUGAAGCUGAGGCAUCAGCAAUCCUGGAGGCUUUGAGAAUGUGUAGAUCUAUGAACUUGAGGCAGAUAUGGUUGCAGACUGACUCAAUGCUCUUGAAAAAUAUAAUAGAAGGCUCAUGGAAGCCUCCCUGGUGUAUUUUUGAUCAGAUAGAUGAGAUUGUGAGAUUGAAAGGAGAAUUUACACUCAGAAUAUCUCAUACUUUCAGGGAAGGUAAUUAUUUAGCAGAUCAUUUAGCAAAUCAUGCAUUGGAUGUGGGGGACAUGGAAUGUCAUAGCUUUUGGGAUCUGGAUCCUCAGGGUAGGAGGUUGGUGAAUGAAGAUAAGAUGCAAUGUCCUGUUUUGAGAGUAAAGGUUGCAAGGAAGUAA